AGAAAUCCUCAUCAAUCUAGUAAGUUCUUAGAACUUGUAGCAUGGUCUUUGAGUUGGGUUUUAUGAACUAGCUUCAAAAUUUUUAUCAUACAACUUGUUAGUGUAAGUAUCCAGUAGGAGUAGGGUCUUAAAUUAUUUGAAGCAAUCUAUUUAUGGCAGUAUCAGAUGCAGAGUAGCUUCUAGCUUUCAUAAAUAUAUAAUUAAUUAUUUGAAUUAAUUGUAUAAGGAAAUAAUCAAAGUAAUGAUGAGGGUUUACUUGGUUUUAUGUUGUUUUCUAGGGAUUCCUAUGCACUUAAGAUGAGCAAGCUCUUGCUGGUUAUUUUUAUGAUAUUGUUUUGAACAGCAGCAUCUUGAAUAUUAAGGAUUUUGAUUAUAAGAGAGUUCUAUGAAGGGGAAGCUUUGACACAAUUGUUGGAGAACUUGUUCAUUGUUGGAAGACCACAUUUCUACUCAAAAUCUGAAAUAAUUGCCGUCUACUGGAGCCAUGCAAUGCCAAGAGGUACUGAUUGAUUAGAAGUUUCUUGCAUUCCAAUAUUCAAGUAGAACGAGUGCAUCCCAUUCCAAGAACAUUGAGCUUCUCAGGUAUAUUUUCUAAACCUCAACACCUCUUCUUCCUUAAAAACUUCCCAUCACUAAGCCUAUCUUUACCCUAUCGUUAAGCAUUUGUAACUUUUAUGAAAUCUAACUCUUAAGCAGCAUCAGUAAUUAAAUUUGUCAAUCCAUAAGGUAAACCCAGGUUGUUCCAAUGUUUGCAGUGCAUAAAGGAUUCCUUUAGGAUGAGCAAUUUUGUGCUAGAGGCUCAAGAUUUUGUUCUGGAUGGCAACAUCUUCAAUAGGAGGAUUAUCAACUCCUCUGAUACAUCAAGGAGCUAACUAGACUUUGCUUUUCUACACUUUGAUUAUGCUAUAGAGACUUACUACACGACAAUGGCUGCUACAUUUCAAUCAUCUACCAUUUUGAUCCCAAUGGCAGUAGAAUUAUAUGGGUUGGGUUUUGAUAUAAGAUUUGGUGAACAAAGCUUCUACUGAAGAUAUGGUGAAAAAAAAAUUCUCGAUGUUUGUUUGUACUUUGAUAUUCACACACUGAAGUAUUCUCCUAAUUCUGUCUGUACACUAAAUCUGUUUCUUUAAACUUCUUUGAUUAUCCGUUUUCGCAUCUAAUGGUCAUGCCAUACCUCAUGUCUAAAACACUAUCUGUAAUGGUGCACUCUUUUGGGUGUUGAAGUUUAUAUAUCCAAUGAAAGAUGUUGCUUGCACUAGUCUUAAAUGUUCAACUUCGACAUGUGUUUAGGGAAGUUAACAUGUCUACUGAUUUCCUGGAGAAUAUGGGUCACAACCCCCCUUCUUUUGUCUGUCAUCAUCUGAAAUGCUGGCCUUUUGGCCUGGGGAUGUUCUUGUAUGCUGAUAUGAAUGGGACUGCAGGUAACAAUGAUUGAAUUAUCUUGUUUUAAGUGUAAAGAGGAUGCUUAUACAUAUUUGAGUUCUUAGAAAAACUUCAUAAAAUUAAAGUUAAUUAUCUUAAUAAUAACUAUUCCAAUAUUUCUUUGCUAAAGAUCUUAUGUAUUUCAACCAAAUGUAAGCUUGGAACAAUUGAACUAUACUUGAGGCCAUUUUGGCUAGCCAUUACCUGGGACUUUUAGCUUGAUCAACCUCCUUAUCUUCAUUAUUUGGAUAAUGGUUCUUCUCAAACCUCUUUAAUCCACUUUUGAUUACUUCUUGUCUCUUGCUUGUCACUACUCCCAACCAUAUCUUUCUUUUUCAUCACUGUCAAAUCUUUUACCUCACUUUCUUCCCUUUUAGCACCAAUAUCUACUCAUUGGGAACUUUGUUCUGCUUCAUGCACCAUCACUUUCUCCAGAAUUAGGUUCCACAUCACACAGCUCACCAUCACUUCCCCAUACACAUGGCAAUCUCAAAAACACAUUCCAACUCAACCUAGAUGGCAGUAUCAUUAGACUCAAGAAAAGAAUCACAGAUCA